AUCAAAGCAUAAAAUGUACCUUACCGCGGAACUCCACAGGCAAACAGCGAUGGCCUACCAUCUGUCAUUUUGACAGAUUAUUGCCAGCAAUAUGAUUGCAAGAUUUUGUGUGUGGGCACUUUGAUAUCUUAACAUAUCAUUUUUAAAAUGGCGCCAACAAAGCAUGUUCGAUGUAUUGAAGCUCUUAAGCAUUUGGAAAUGCUAAAACAACUUUAUAAAGAGGAGGAAAAAAGAAAAAAGCCGCGGUUUUGGGUGAACCCAUUUUUAAGGCAGAGGGAACUUCACGACUUGGAAGCAAACCUUUUAAAAAACAUUUUAUGGGAAGAUGGUACCGACUUCAACAACUUUUGCAGGAUGUCCAUUGACCAAUUCAAUGAGGUUCAUUCACUGGUGGAUACUAAAAUUAAAAAAAGUGAUACAAGGAUGAGAUGUGCCAUUACAACAAGAGUUCGCCUAGCUAUAACUUUGCGCUACUUAGCGACUGGCGAUUCGUUUCGUUCUUUGGAAUUUCUAUCACACAUAUCACGAAAAACAAUAAGCAAAUUUUUGCCAGAAGUUUUGGAAGCAUUGACUGAAGCACUUCAGGAGGAAUAUUUAAAGACACCUACAACAGAAAAAGAGUGGUUGGAUGUUGCAAAUAAUUUUGAAUCUCUUUGGCAGUUCCCGCACACUUUAGGAGCAAUUGACGGAAAGCACAUUCGGUUAAAAGCGCCUCCAAAUUCAGGUUCCGACUAUUUCAACUAUAAAGGCUAUUUUAGCGUGGUUUUGCUUGCUGUUGUCGAUGCUCACAGUCGUUUUAUUUAUGUGGAUAUUGGGGCAAACGGCAGGGCAUCUGAUGUUAUGGUGUAUAAAAAACUGUUCUUUAUAUAAUGCGUUGUUAAAUAACCAGUUAAAUUUACCUACUGAUAAUCCUUUAUGUGGCCAAGUUUGCAAAACAC